UUUAACCUUGACAACAUUUCAACAGAACGCAGAAAUGCGCUUUACUAAGUUGUUAUCGUUAUCUAUGUAGACAAAUGUUAUGGUCUCGUUUCAGUCAAUAGAUAGAUAUGAAUUCAAAGAAGUCUUGGGAACGGGUGCAUUUUCGGAAGUUCGUCUUGCAGAAGAUCAAAAAAAUCCGGGGUCAUUUGUAGCAAUCAAAUGUAUCCGCAAGAAAUUUCUAUCCAAAACACAAAAUUCCGAGUGUGCUAUUAAAGAAGCAGAGUCACGGAAGGAAUCUCUGAACAAUGAAAUAGAGGUGUUGAGGAGACUCAGACAUCCUAAUAUUGUCCAAUUAUUUGACGUUCUGGAAGAUUCAGAGUGCUACUAUCUUGUGAUGGAAUUAGUUACUGGAGGCGAACUAUUUGAUCGUAUUGUUCAGAAAGGUAGUUACACUGAACGUGAUGCAAGUGCCCUUAUUCGACAAGUUUUAUUUGCUACUGAAUAUAUGCAUAGUCAAGGAGUUGUACAUCGAGAUUUAAAACCUGAAAAUCUAUUGUACUUCAGUCCAGCUGAUGAUAGUAAAAUAAUGGUUAGCGAUUUUGGUUUAUCUAAAAUAGAAAAUGAUGAGUCUAAUAUGGCUACAGCGUGUGGUACACCCGGUUAUGUGGCUCCAGAAGUGCUAAGUGUCAGUGAAGGGAAUUCAGGUUAUGGUAAAGAAGUCGACUGCUGGGCUAUUGGAGUGAUUGCCUAUAUUCUACUUUGUGGUUAUCCUCCUUUCUAUGAUGAAAAUGAUCAUGAACUGUUUCGACAGAUUCGUAUGGCAGAAUAUGAAUUCGACUCACCAUAUUGGGAUAAUAUAUCAGAUUCAGCUAAAGAUUUUAUUCGUCAUUUAUUACAAAAAGAUCCUAAAAAGCGUUAUAGUUGUACACAAGCAUUGGAACAUCCAUGGAUAGCUAGUAAUACAGCACUUGAUAGGGAUCUUUAUCCAUUUGUCAGUGAACAAAUACGCAAGAACUUUUUAGCUGUAAGACGGUGGAAGAAAGCCUAUAAUGCAACUGCUGUUCUACACUUAUUACGUCGCCUUCAAUUAAACAAGAGUAAUUCAACAAUGAAAAAAUCCACAGGUUCUGCAGAUUCACUGACCAAUUUCACCUUCGAUGAUGAUAAACUGACACAAAUCCAAUGUAAUGAUGAACAAGAGAAUUUAGACAGUGCUGUUGUUGUUGCUAAUGAAAAACAAGGUAAAAAAACACCAUCAAAACUGCAAACAUCUUGUUCCUCACCAUCAUCAUUUUCACCGUCAUCAUCAUCAUCAUCAACAUCGACAUCGACAUCAACAUCAACAGCAACAGUAAGAUCAACAUUGUCCUCCACAACGGUAGCAGGAGUAUCAAUACAAGCUAACAAUACUUCAUUGACGUCAGCUCCGUUGAACACGUUGGAAGAUAAACUUAUAACUACGAAUGAUGAUAAUAAUAAUAGUAAUGAAAAGAGUGAUUAGAAUGACGUAAUACGUUUUCUUACUUGUAAAAAGCAUUGCAAGUAGAGCUUUAACAAAUCCUGUUUCAUAUUCACUCACUCACUCACUAACUCACGCAUUCAUUCAAAACAGAACAAAUACACAUUCUUCUUCACUGUGUAAAUAGAAUCACUCAUAUUAAUAAUAAUAAUAAUAAUAAUAAUCAUGAUGUGACAUCUGUCGAUUAUUCAAUGAAACUGUGUUUUCUUUUUCCUCUCAAUUUAUUGAUUGAUCACCAUUUGUUGUUUGCCUCAUUUCAUUCUUUCCCCACCACCAGCGCCACAACUGCCGCCGCUGUCUCCACUGCCACCCCGGCCUGCUUCCUCUCUGCCCCUCUCUUGUAUUACACAACACAACAUAAACAGACACAUAUUAUGUUUGUAUUCACAGCCUAUAAAUCAUUUCUGCAUGACUGUAAAAUGACUUUUGAAGGAUCGGCAAUGGUAGUGGUGUCGGUGGGUGGAGGGAGGCAGUUAAAGCGGAGAUAUUCUGACUUCUGUUCCUCUCCAGCCUUUCUUUCUGUUUUUCUCUCUUUCUCUCUCUAAGUCUGUUUGUUAAUUUUUUCCUUUUGGAUUCCUCUUGAGAAAGCAAAAAAACCAAAUCCAGAGGGACAUAAUGUUGUUGGGGUAACAAAACGAAAGCAAAACACCGAUCAUAAACAUGAAAUGGAAGACAUAAUAAUGAAGAGAGAGAGAGUGUGUGAAACAGGUGAAGAUUCAUUCACCUCUCCUGUUUUUGUGUUUUGCAAUUUUUCGAUGCAUAAAAAAUGUAUUUGAUGUCAUUUUCUUUCCCUUUGUUCGUUUGUCUGUUGUUCGUUUGCUUGAUUCGAUUAUAAUGUAUCUGCUGCUUUGAGCUAAUAAUACGACGGCAUAGAUAGAACGGUUCAUUGAUGAUUGAUCGAUUGAUCACCUCCCACUGAAAAAAGAAGCGUUCCAGUACGAAAGAAAAUAGCUAUUUCCCUCUAUAUUUAUUGUUUUUUGUGUUACUGAAUGAAUUGAAAUGGCUUGUUGUUUCGUAUUCUUCCUCUUCUCUUCUCUUCGCCUCGCCUCGCCUCCACCCCAACCCUCUAUAACCGCCCACUUUCCUUCGCUAUUUUACACUCUACUCAUUUUGAGUAAAGUAUGCUGUUGAGUUUGACAGAUUUAAGGCAUUUAUAUUUUUUCCAAUGAGUGUUGUUCCUCUUUCAAUUUUGUUUUUGUUUUCUCCUGUUUUCCUUUUUGCAUUUAUUUUCACUGUUUAUUGUGUAUUCUUGCUAGUUUUCCUUUCUUUGACAUUGAAUGACAAGAUGAACACUAUUCUUCCCUCUUCCGACUUUUCGUUCUUCUACUUCUUCAUAACUGUUUAUUGCUGAUAACCACCUAUUGGUUCCUUUUGUUUGUUUGUUUGUUUUCCCCUCGUCGUAUUUAUUCUAUAUCGAUUUGUUUGUUUGUUUCCGUUUUGUUGAGAGUUGUUUCACACAUUUUCAUCUUGCCCGCUCAUCAUCUUCUUCUUUUUUCAGUUUUUAGGUUGUUUUUUAUUCUGUCUUCUUGUCAAUGAGUGAAUGAAUUAAUGAAUAAAGCGAUUUGUUUGUUUCGCUUUUAUGACAGUUGAUGGAAAUACUGAUGGAUAAAUUGAAAUAAUAAUAAUAAGA